UGUUCACAAAACAUGCCGAUAAAAUAUCAAACAAGCUCAUCCGUAAAAAUAAUUUCCGGUUAAACUAACACAAUAAUCGACCCCACAAUAAUGUCCGUUGAAACUGUCCCUAAAGAUUUAAGAAAUUUGCGAGCAUGUUUAUUGUGCUCUCUUGUGAAGACAUUUGACCAAUUUGAGAUGGAUGGUUGUGAUAAUUGUGAUGAAUAUUUACAUAUGAAGAACAAUAAUGGUGCUGUUUAUGAAUGUACAAGUUCAAAUUUUGAUGGAAUGGUUGCCAUGAUGGGUCCAGAAGAUAGCUGGGUGGCAAAAUGGCAAAGAAUUGAGCGAUUUGUGAAAGGAUGCUAUGCACUGUCUGUGACAGGCCGGUUACCACCAGGAAUCAUCAGAAGUUUGAAAAAUAAAAACAUUCCAUAUAGACCCAGAGAUGUUUCAUACAAAAACACUUAAUGAAUUAUGAACAGGUGCUUAUAAGACUCAUGAAGUUUAUUAAUUCCAUCUGGAAGAUGCUUUUGUGACAGGAUUUUGUUAUGCUGACUGACAUUUUAAAUGUGUCCUUUGGUUAUGUUGAUAUGUUUGUAAAAAAACAAUUCAAACAAUAUUGAUUUAGCUUUGUCCUCAUACAAUAUUCAAUCUGGUGUUUAAUUUACAAAAAAGUAAAAUAAUUUGUUCACCUAUAUUAUAUACCUGAUAUUUAGAACUUUUAAAGAGAACUUAAGCUGCCUGCAAACAUA